AGAAGAAUCAUUAGACACAAAUCGACGACGACGAGCUCGGAAGACACUUGAGAUCGGAAUAGUGCGAAAAGAUGCCGGUGAUGGAGAAACUGAGAAUGUUCGUCGCGCAAGAGCCUGUUGUCGCCGCCUCCUGCUUAAUCGGCGGCGUUGGACUCUUUCUGCCUGCUGUUGUGAGGCCUAUUCUAGACUCACUCGAGUCUUCUAAGCAAGUUAAAGCGCCUCCUCUUACUGAUGUUAUUGCUGGUGUCACAGGGAAGAAACAGACCUAAUCCAGCCAAUGAUUUCUUCUGUUUUCUUACAUUCAGAUCAUCAUUAUUCCUUUUUUAACUCUUUCUAUUUGCAAAUGAAAUAAGCCAGACUCCCAUGUUUGUUUUUUUUGUUCUGAAACUUAUAUAAAGGCAUGUGUGUGUUUGUCCACUCUCUUCAUCUUUUUAUCAGAUGUAUUCAGUUCCUAAUGACAAAUCGAAAAUCUUGAAAUCCAUGGCUCAUGAGUCUUGAAAUUAUAUUAUAUAGUUUACAUACAUUAUACAUACAUCACAAAUAGAUUAGUUUUUACAAUAUGAUGAUAUUGGGAGUCUUACAUACUCGCAUAGUAGCUCUUUUUGCAUCAACUUGAUCCUCAAUAGGUAGAUCAGAAGAUGACCAGUGUUUGUCUUGUAAAGCAGUUGAAAAUAUGCUCAAAGACUUUCUCUUCUCAGCUUCUUCUUCUUCCAUGGCAUUGCCUGCUUCAUUCCCUUACAUAAACUUACCUGCAUUUCCCCAACCAAAAACCCAACAAGUAAGAGACAACACUUUGUGAAGACAGUCACCAAGAACAAAAGAACGAUCAGUUUACCCAAAAGUGAGAUCCAUUCACAGAGCCACCAUCAUGUAAACUCCCUGAUCUGUUAAACUUCAUGAUCUUCAUGUUGCUGUUAUUAUUGAGCUCACCUACUCUCUCCUUCUCAGACGGAAAGACAUAACUACCCCUGGCAACAACCUCUCCUCUCCUUUUCCUCCUCAUGAAGCCAAAGAGCCCAUGCUUCUUCUCAGACAAGGGCACUUGAGCAAAUUCACCGGGAAGGAGCAAGCGUGGAGGCAAACCAAGACAUUUUGGGUAAGAAAGAGGAAGAAGAGGGUUCUUGGGCUUCCCUGGUUGCUCCUCCCAGCAAAAAGGAACAGAAGCAAGAGUGUGUAUAGGAGAAGCAAACACAGAUGGACUUGCAGGUGACGAAGUGUACAACAAUGAUCUUGACUUUGCAGCUAAUACAAGCGCCAGCUUCUCCUUCUCUUCUCUCAUGUUUUUUUGUUUCUUUCUUCCUUGCUUCGUAUUCAGCUUAGCUCUGUCUCUUUUUU